GUAGUGGUACAGUAGUCGUACAAGUAGGAGUACCACCCAAGAAGAAGGAAGUGCGGGGCGAAAGAGGGCAAUAGAAAGGGAAUUUUAAAGCAAGAUGUCAACCUCAGACCAGUAGUGGCGCUCCACCUCUCUGAUGUGAUUGAUUGAUGGCUACUUGGGCUAGCCGACGACGACGAUGAUGAUGCCCAGCAUAAUCCUCUUCUUCUCUCUCUGCCGCGACCCCCUAGCUCUGCACCAACAGAAACAACAGAGAGGAAAGCGGUCCAUUCUCAUCUGACCCCGAUCUUAGCUAGCCGGUGGUGUUAUCCUCUUGAUUAUUCGAUCCCCUUCUUCCUCCUCCGGGCGGCCAUGGCGUCCAUCGUGGUGAUCGGGCUGGUGCUGGCCCUCGAUCUGCUCGCCUUCGUCCUCGCCAUCGGCGCCGAGCGCCGCCGCAGCACGGCGUACGUGACCGUGGACGGCGUAGGGAAGCCGUACUGCGUGUACGGGACGGACGCGUCGACGUGGUACGGCGUCGGCGCGCUGUCGCUGCUGCUGGCCGGCCAGUGCGUCGCCAUGGUCGCCUCCAGGUGCUUCUGCUGCGGCCGCGCGCUCUCCCCCGGCCGAUGGCGUGCCUUCUCCGGCCUCUGCUUCGUCCUCUGCUGGCUGACGUUCCUGAUCGCGGAGCUUUGCCUGCUGGCCGGGUCGGUGAGGAACGCGUACCAUACCAAGCUCAGCGGCUACUUCAUCUCGGGGCCUCCACGGUGCGCCAUGCUGCGCAAGGGCGUCUUCGCCGCCGGCGCCGCCUUCGCCUUCCUCGACUUGCUCUUCGUCGAGCUCCACUACGUCUUCUACGCCAAGGCCCGCGCCGCCGCCGCCUCUGCCCCGCCCAUCAUCCACGGCGGCGGCGCUGCCGGCGGAAUCGGCAUGACCCGCCUGUGAGAUGCAUCUCCUUUUUCUUGCUUGAUUGACCUGCGGUAGCUAGCUUGAUUUGUCUUUGUGGAGUGCUGCCCUUCCUUCCUGCCCGCCUCUGUAAUUAAGUUACCCGGUGUCCGUUAUGAAAUGUGGUUGAUCUGCUGGCUGCUGUGCUGCCAAGAGCAGGGGAUGGAUGUGUAUGUGCUAGUAGGUUGAAUGAAGAUCUCUUCGUGGUGCGUUUGUGUUUCUCUGUACUAAUCGAGUCGGGUAGUCCACCUUCCUCGAUCAGAUAUCUGCGUCCUGUCGAGCAGUUAGCUUGGGUUGAAUCUUGUUCGUCAUGGAUCGAAAGACAUAAAGGGCGCAUCUGGAUGGAUGGUGGCCAAAGCUUGUUUUUGUCAGAAAUUUGGUCACGACA